AUGGACCUGGACCUGGACCUGGAACACGCUGUCAUCAGCGCCAAUCCAGAGCAUCCCAAACACGCUCAAUGUCGGAUUGGAGAGCCAGCAUCCUUCCAGCGCCUUCUAUGUCGCAACGCUGCAUGCCAACCCGUUGGAAUUAAGCGGGAAUUAAGCAGCGGAUCCCGAUGGCAUGGACACUUAUGCGAGGUCCGCCGCGCUGCCGAGCCACUGGAGCCACCUCGCCGUCUCCUCCACCUCCUCACCCAGCCCAGCUCCGUCGCCAUCGCCCCGCAGCCCCGAGAGCCCCGCCGCACCGCCAGCAGCCACCAGCGAGCCACAGCAGGCGGCAUGAGGCUUGAGUCGCUCGCACCUUUAUACAUGCUGCUCAUCGGGGUCUCAAUCGCCUGCUACCCCCCGUCUUCUUCGGAUUCCCUGCAGGACCGGGCGUACAGGUCGGCCGUCGUGAUCGAGGGCAAGGUGCAGUCCACGCCGGGGAACGCCUCCGCCGAGCCGCCGUCGCAGGAGCAGCGUGUGCACGUCAAGGUGCUGGACGUGUGGCCCCUCCACAGCGGGGGGCUGGAGCCCGAGCAGCUCGUCACGGUGCUGGGAGAGUUCGGGUCGGAGGCUCCGUGCGCCGACGUGCAAAAGAACCGCCAGUACAUAUUUUUCAUGGAGCCCACUGAGGCGCCCCUGGUCUUCAAGGCUUCAUUCGCGCCCCUGGACACAAGUGGGAAGAACCUGAAGAAGGACGUUGGGAAGAUCUUGUGUGAGGACUGCGCUUCGGCUCCAAAGUUAAAACCAAUGAAGAAUCCAUCAAUAGUGGACGAGGGAAGCAAGCUCACAGUCAAGUGCGAGGCCACGGGGAACCCUCUUCCCACCUACCGCUGGUUCAAAGACGGCAACGAGCUCAAGAAAGACAAAAAAAUACGAAUAAAGAACAGCCAGAAAAACUCCAGACUCCAGAUCAACAGAGCAAAACUGGAGGAUUCUGGGAAUUACACAUGUGUGGUGGAGAACCUGCUGGGAAAGGACAACUCCACUGGCACUAUAAACGUCCAAAGUAGAACCACAACACUAUCUCCAGGCUCAGGCCACGCCAGAAGAUGCAACGACACAGAGAAGGCCUUCUGUGUGAAUGGCGGCGACUGUUACUUCAUACAUGGUAUAAACCGGCUUUCCUGCAAGUGUCCAAAUGACUUUACUGGUGAUCGCUGUCAAACCUACGUUAUGGCACGUUUCUACCAUCAUCUUGGGAUUGAAUUUAUGGAGGCAGAAGAACUCUACCAGAAGAGAGUCCUGACAAUCACGGGUAUUUGUGUGGCUCUGUUGUUGGUGGGCAUCGUGUGUAUGGUGGCCUACUGUAAAACCAAGAAACAAAGAAAGAAGAUGCACAAUCAUCUGCGACAGAACAUGUGUCCAGAGCACCCCAAUCGGAACCUAGCUAACGGACCCAAUCACCCAGGACCAGGACCAGAGGAAAUCCCCAUGGUAGAUUACAUAUCAAAGAAUGUGCCAGCAACUGAACGAGUCAUACGGCCUGCGACGGAAGGAUCCUUCCCUGCCAGCCACACCUCUUCCAGAUCUCACAAUUCUUCCACACGAGCCCAUUCAUCAACUCACAGACCCGAAGAGCGGACGUGGAGCCUGGAGCAUUCGGAUAGCGUCCUCUCUGACUCGCCGGGGAUGAUGUCAUCAUCAGUGGGGACCAGUAAAUGCAGCAGCCCCGCGUGCAUGGAGGCACGGGCCCGGCGGGCUGCACACUGUGCUUACAAUGACUCCCAUCGGCCGCCACUCCAAUACGGGGACUCCUUUGACUCCCUGGGAGACUCUCCACACAGCGACAGAUACGUGUCAGCCCUAACGACACCAGCGCGCCUCUCGCCAGUGGAUUUCCAUUAUUCAUUGCCCCCGCAGGUGCCUACCUUCCAGAUCACCUCGCCCAAUGCCAGCCAUGCCAUGUCCCUCCCUCCCGCUGUCCACAACCCCUACCCUCUGGAAGACGACCAGCCUCUGCUGCGCCGCUACCAAGUGCCCCUCCAUGACGCCCAGUGCCAGGAGGCCUACCGGCAGCAGCGGCGCACCUAUCUCAACGACAGCAGGGGCAGCCUGCCCUCCAGCCCCUACCGGCUGGCGGACGACGAAGACUAUGAGACCACCCAGGAGUAUCUCUCCUCCAGGGAGCAACCAAAGAGAAGCGGGUCCAGCGCACCCGAUAGCCGGCGCUGGAGGAGAUCCAGACUGAACGGCCACGUGGCCCCCCGCGGAUACGAGGCCUCCCGGGAAUACGGCUCCCGGAGCUGCCUAACAGGAAGCGAGUCAGAGGAGGACGGUGAGAGCACACCCUUCCUCAGUAUGCAGAACAUGAACGCUGAGCCCUCCACCAUCUACAGGCCGGUGGACAGUCGGACUCCUCACUCGUCGGGGCGGCACAGUGGGCAUGGCAACAUGCAAACAAGACUUACACACUCCCGCUCCAAACCGGACACUACACCCCACUAGAGAGUGACCACGAACCAACAAAAAAGUCAAUAUAGCAUAGACCUGCAUCUAUAAGAAAUAUUUUUAUUUUAUAUAACUGACAGAUAUUCUAAACAAAUGAAAUAUUUAUUUUCAUUUUAGCAAAAGUUGUCUACUAGUUAACAGCAAAGACUUUUUUAUAGGGAAAACUCUAUUUAUAUGUACAUUUUGAUUUACAGCAUAAAAAGAUGUGCCAGUUUUUUCACAACGUUUAACAAAAAAAACAAAAAAAAAAGAAAUAUUGUGGUGCCUUUUGCUGUUUGCCGAUGCCAGAGGGCCAAUGGAGGUUUUUGUAGCCUUUCUUAUACGGACGCCUCAUUUUUAUACACAUUAAUUUGUGUUGUUUUUUUUCCCCUCUCUGGUUGAUCUUUUCCUUUCUUUCCGUGUUGCAUCCUUUGAGGAGUCGUUACCCCACUGGAGCCCCCUCCCAUUAUCACGCAAUAUAAACCACUCAUCACAAAGAGGUUUGUUUACGUCAAUGUAACUCACCUGUAGUGUGGAUCGUUUGGGAUCCAGUAGAAUGUCUGAUUCAUGAAUACAAUGUAGAUCCUUUUUUUGGUUUGUUUCGCCAUCUGAUUUGUGUGUGUGGAGCGAGUGUGUGCGCAUGUCACCCUGCUUGCAUGUGGUUGUUGAUGCAGUGGCGUGUGCCAGUGCAGGAAUAUACAGAACCAGUGCUUUAUCAGAACCCCCUCUACCCACGGACCUCUCUCAAAGUAGACGCAGGUGAAGCUGCGGUAGGUCGUGUUGCGUUACGCAGGUCAUUACUUGAUGUGUUUACAGCUAUCCCCCCCCGACCCCUCUCCAUUCCCAGCCUGCCCCAUAAAGCCCCCUCUGCUCCACCUCCUUGCCUUCUCCGCAGGCUUCCCUCACGUGAGCCUUUUAUGAGGCCCACAAACACCGAGCCGCUUGGCACAGGGUGACCCCUGCCAUCAGAGGUGGCGGGCCAAACGAAAACUCUGCAUCUGUUUUCAUUCAGCUCCCCAUACCUCAUCAUCCUUCUGUGUCCGUUCUGGUUUUUUGUGGUCUCUGUUAAAGGCCACACAGUGUCUCAGGAUUUCCACCUCUCAUGUUGACAUGUCCUACAUACAGUCGAGUACGGAAGAAACACGUGGAGUAGCUGUGAAAGGGAUCAUAAAAUGCAAAAAUAUGCAAACUUUCUAUUUUGCUGUUUGAUGACGUCAUUUUCUAAGAGGUGACUGUGCUGCGUGUGUGCGUGUGUGUGUGUGUGUGUGUGGUCUAGAAUGAAAACGAUGAUCAUAUGCAUAUUUACACCGGUUAUUUUACUUCUUUAAAAAAGCCAUCUAUCAAAUUUGAUCGUGCACAUACGUGUGGAUUGUUUGUAUCACUCGGUUUAGAGCGCUUUCACUUUUACGUGCACACUUCCAGUAAACGUCAAGUAGCAUCCAAAUAGUGUCUCCUCCGAUAGUACUGUGUACCUGCCGCUUUGUCUUAUUGACAGAUUUAGUCAUGUCAAAUCCAGUCUGAUACUUUUGCAAGGAAUCAAAAGCAUUAAGGCGCCCCCAAGAUCAUUUGAGAGGAUGUUUUAUUACCGUCAACUCAUUGCGAAUAGACGAUAAAGAUUUGUUCUGCACUUCUAACUGCGAUGUGGUAAAUGCACAGUGUGGUCUUGUUAUAGAGAAUGGUCUUUGGUCACAUGUCACUUGCAGAUUUCCUCACCCUCCCCAAAAAUAAGCCACCACGUUGAGGUCCUACCAGGCACUCCCUGCUAGUCUCCUCUGUUUUGAUUUUAAAGUCCAACCCUGACCCCCCCCUCCGCCCGCCUCUUGGCUUGAAACUCCUCUCCUCUGCAUGUCCUUGUGGUCAAGGUUAGAUGGGUGCAUGGUUUUAAAAAAGGAACAAAAAAUAAGAAAAAAAAAAAAAAGAGAAAAGCAGCAGACUAUUCUUUUCCAGUCAUUGGAAGUGUAUUUCAUUUAACAUUCAGCAAUAAAAAAUAAAAAAAAAACACCUUUUCCCUCCCCCUUCCUCCUCCCAUGUCAUUCCUGGAAUAUGCUAGAAAUAAAAGAAACAAUGCGAGAUUGUCAUAGAUUGUAAAAUAAAAUGGAAAAUGAUUCCACCUGUUCAUAUGAGGAAAAUAAAUCUUUAUUCAUAUCAUUUUAUGAUGGAGUUAUUUCUGCAAAAGUGUGUGCUCUGGAAUCGGAGUUUAAUGAAUAUGACUGCACGAAAUUACACUUUAUGAAUGAACAUACACAUUUUACUAUUAGAUUAUUUCUUAAACGUAUUUGUCCCAGCGAAUUCAUAUUGCUUGAAAAGAUUAUUGCUUUAAAAGAAUUAAUAUUGCUUUGAAAGAUGACUGUCAAAAUAAUAUGCAUGUCGUAUUGGCUUCAACUCACCACGAGAUGGCAGCCGCACUUCCAAAACCAUCCAGCAAUUUGUGGGAGGGAGUAAACACGUAAUAGGCAAGCACUUUUAUGAGAAAAACAAGUGGAUCUUUGUGAAGUAUCAUUUGCAUACAUGCAGGAAGGUAGUAGGUUAAAGCCUUCAUUGUGAAUGAAUGAACGCAAUAAAAAGUGAAACCAUAUAGGAAUAGUACCAACGUGCCAAUCGAAUACAGUGACAGCCAGUUGCAAUGCCAUCCAUGCUGCUGUCAGACAUUAACUGGGAGUAAAUGUGUGUGAGACACCGAAGUUCAAUGUUUAAAACAGCGAGUGGAAAGCUGUGUCAAAAUAUAACUGGAAAGGAGCUUUGCAGGCAUAAAUUAUUUUGAAAGUUGCGACAUGAAGAAGGUUUAUUGGAUGAUUUAUUAGCUCUGAGCAGUGUGGAUAAAGUCAAGCGUAAGCCGGCAGCGUGCGCCUUGCUUUGGGAUGUAAUACAUCAAGUGACCGCUGGAUGUCGUUGUUCUGCUGCAUUCAAUUUCCACACGGGUGACUUGUAAAAAAUGGGACAUUUCACACUUGAAUGAACAUUUUGGGGGGGAUACGAUGACGGUGAACAUCAGAUUGAUAGUUUUUGUAAUGAAAAUACACUUAUUUCAUAAAUUACACCUAUUAAUGUAUAAUGUCAUCCGGACUUUUUUUUUUUUACCAAUGUCAACCAAGGUUACUGUCCACUACUUGCAUUGUGACCCAAAAUAAAAAUGACAUCAUCUUUACCAGGUGACCCUAAAUGCACCAUGCACCAAUCAUACCUCAGGGGUGUCCAGACGUGUUCAUAGGGCUGCUACUGAAAAGAACAAUGGAUGCGUGAUGUUGUCAACAUACUGUAAAACAAAAGGGGAUCAUUUUAGUCAGUUUAUGUCAACAUGUGUUGUGUCAAGUCAUCAUUAUUGUUUUUGCAAAAGCAGAUUUUUGUCAAUGUCAAAAUAAAACAAAAAAAAAAAAACAAACAAGGAAUGGUGGAGGGGGCAGGGGCCCCAUAAAGGGGGAGAAAGUUAGGACAAUAACAGUUAAAUAUCUUCAUUGACCAAAAGUAAUCUUCAAUAUUGACUGACCACCCUCCCCCCUAUGGCGACAUGAAAUGGUUUGGUCCACUACUGCCUUCACAGUGCUUGGUAACUGCAGCCAGUAGGCAGUUUCCGCAGAGCAGAGUGAAACAAUGCUGCCAGUGCCUAGUAAAAUAACGUCUGGGAGUCAAAAAAGGAAAGAGAGGUUCGUUUGCGGGGUUUCAUUUUUUGUAGCCUAGCCAUUCUGUGUGUCAUGGCGGUCAAUGCGCAAUCCAUACCGGAAAUACCAUCAGUUCUACGCAUGUGCAGGACACGUCUACAUCCUCCCGACCUAUUUUUCGGCAGUCACGUGCUGGGCAAGCAGAUUUGUUCUUUUGCUCUUUUUUGUAUAUCAUAUCCGUGGUGCAAGUAAAUUAUACUACAUUAUUAUUUUAGGGGUUUUUUUGCUACUGAAAAAGUACAAAUA